CCAAAACUUGCUAAGAACAGCAUUUUGGAGACCAACGGAUUCAUUGAAAUUUUUCAUUCGCUUCUUUCUAAACGACUCAUUUUUGUUACAUAUCUGUAAAAUUCAAUUAGAAAGAAAGGAUGGCUGGAGUUGACGCUAAAGGAAGGAGAGCUCAAAAAAAGAGCAUGAAAGCUACCCAAAAGAAGAAGGGAGUUGCUGAGCAAAAGCAGGAACCGAUCUCGGAUGUUUCAGCAGAAUCACAUGAAAAUUCAGAUUCUGUUUCCCAAAAAAAUUCUAGCAAUAAUGAAGAAAAGUCGGAAGAGCAAGGUGAAACUCGAGUUCAGGAGAAAUUGCCAGAGAAAGAAAAACCUCAACAUCAACAAGAAACAAAAGUAGACGAUCAGGAUGAAGACGAAGACGAGGAGGAAGAGGAUGAGGAUGAAGUUGAACUUUCAGACCUGGAAGGUGUCGAGUUAGAAGAGGACGCUGAUCUUGUUCGUAAGAGGAAAUUGGCUUUAAAUAACACAAUUGCUCUUGAAAGCAUUUAUGAAAAACUCAAGUAUCCUGAUGACAUUUCUAUCGUUGAAAACCAGGCUGUCACUACAAAGGAACCUAUUGUAAUUGCUGACGUAGAAGAUGAUCUUACAAGAGAACUUGCAUUCUAUAAGCAGGGUGUUGAGAGUACCAAAGCUGCCUUUGCUCAAUUGGAAAAGCACAAGGUUCCUAUAACUCGUCCUUCCGAUUACUUUGCCGAAAUGCUGAAAUCGGAUGCCCACAUGGAGAAGGUCCGCCAAGAAUUAGUUAAGGAAGCUACCGCUAAGAAGCUCUCCGAACAAGCCAAGAAACAACGUGGGCUUAAAAAAUUCGGCAAACAGGUUCAAGUUGCUAAGCAAGAAGAACGUCAGCGUACAAAGAGGGAAACUUUGGAAAAGAUUAAUUUACUUAAGCGCAAGCAUACUGGUUCUGAUUUGACCACCGAAGAUGAUUUUGAUGUUACACUUGCGAAAGCCGAAAAAGAAGAAAAGGCCAAGGCCAAGGCUCCUGCUAAUAAAAAAGGCGACCGUCAGCCUAACUUGAAACGACAAAAGAAAGACGAAAAAUUCGGUUUUGGAGGUAGAAAACGUGGUACGAAGAGCAAUGACGCUGACAGUCUUGCUGCUACGGAAUUCGGCAGAAAAGGCUUAAAGGCCUUAAAGGGCAAUAAAAGUCGCCCUGGAAAAGCUCGCCGUCAAAAAGCUAGAAAGUAAAUAGGGUUUUAUUUUGGGUAAAUCAAUAUCUAUGGUUAGAGUAUUUAAUAUCUAAUUUCUUAAAAGUUGUAAGUUUAUAUACAACC